AUGUGGUCGGAUGUCUCCCAAUACCAGUGGCCACAAGACCUACGAAACAUUAUCGCGAGACUACAUACCCUGAACGGCACGUACUUCCCGGCUAACAGUCGACCCCUUGUCUAUCACGAGUACGAAGAGCACGGACCUAAUAUUAAGGCCUCGAAGUAUACGCCAUUGGGACGGGUGAUUGAGUUCAAAAACCACGAUAACUUAGCCAGGGUGUUUCGAGGCUUAAAUGGCCACCGGUUGAGUGACCUACGAGAUUACGGGCCUAAGGGCUGGGGUAUGUUAGCCACGGAGGACGCUGUGGUGAUGGUCGACAACCACGACCUCCAACGAGGAUACGCCGGUGACCUCAACGUCACCGUUACCUUCUACGAGCCCCGGCUACUCAAAAUGACCACCGCUUUCAUGUUAGCCUGGCCAUACGCCGUACCCCGGGUCAUGAGUAGCUACUACUGGCCCAGGAAACUAGAGGUGUGGGACAGGUAUGUCGACCGAAACUCGGACACAGGACCUCCCCAUGACUCCGGCGAUCGUAUAGUGGAUGUGAAACGUAAUCCGGAUCUGAGUUGCGAUACGAGUCAAUGGAUUUGUGAGCACAGGUGGCGUCCCAUCUAUAAUAUGGUUAGGUUUAGGAAUAUAGUGGGCAGUGAACCGGUAGUCCAGUGGUGGGACAACACCAACAAUCAGAUUGCCUUCAGUCGCGGAAAUAAAGCCUUUAUAGCCAUCAAUAACGACGUGAAAUCCAUUGAGAUGACUAACAGUACGGGUCUACCGGGCGGUACUUAUUGUGAUAUAAUAUCCGGCGGUUUAAUCGAUGGCAUGUGCACGGGUAGGACAUUAACUGUUGAUAGUGAGGGAACGGCACAUAUAUUUGUGGACAACACGUGGGAAGACCCUAUGAUUGCAUUUCACAUUAAUGCUAAAAUA